AUGCUUGGGCUUUCGCGAUUCCGGCUGAAGCUUUGUUUGUUUGACCGCAUGCUGCUCGAAGAUGACUCCCUGGACCUGCCGGCAACAUUGCAGCUAGUCAAAUGUGACUAUUGCUCGGAGGCUACCCAACUUCGGGAUCUCUUUUCAGCUUGCGAAGUGGAUGAUGCCAAAAAGGUGGAAGCGCUGCUUCAGCAACCUCUGGAUCCCAACAUGCUUGCUGACGGAAGAUCUGCGCUUCAGCUUGCCAGUUUCGGCGGAGCUUUGAAGAGUGUGAAGCUGUUAUUGGAGGCUGGUGCUGAUAGGGAUGCGUCCUUUGGAAGGCACGGCAUCACGCCUCUCAUGAAUGCCGCAGACCAGGGCCACGCCGAAGUUGUACGUGCGCUGGUGGAGGCAAAGGCCGACAAAGAUAGAGGAAGCACUGGUGGAGUCACUUCACUCCUCAUGGCCGUCAGCGAGGGUCGCCUGGAGGUUGCACGCUGUUUGCUGGAGUUCCGUGCCGACGUGCAGAAGGCUCCCGAGCAAGGCAUGACUCCUCUUUCCGUCGCGGCCCGGGACGGCAGCCCCGAACUCGCACGCUUGCUGUUGCAGGCCGGAGCGGACGCAAACGAGCAUGCUCGACCACCGUCCCCUCUCCUCCUCGCAGCCAGGCAGGGCCACCUUAAUCUGGUAAAGCUGCUGCUUGACCAUCGUGCAGACAUGGAAAGGGCGGCAGACAGCGGCUUUACACCCCUCGCAGCUGCAGCGCAGGAGGGCCAGUUGGAAGUGGCACAGGCACUUGUCAAGGCCAGAGCAAAACUGCACCGAACCACAAGAGAUGGUUGGACACCUCUCUUCGCAGCAGCCAGGAGCGGACACAGUGACAUUGUGAGCUUUCUGCUUGAGGCGGGUGCCGAAAAGAAUGAGUCCGCAGUUGAGGGUAUGACGCCCCUCUUGGUUGCUGCUAUGCGUGGCAAUGUGGGAGUGACACGCUGCCUCACUGAAGCAAGAGCUUUGGUGGAUACAGUUUUAGAUGGCAUCACACCUGUCUCUGCAGCUGCCAGUCGUGGCCAUGCAGAGGUGGUACGGCUCUUGCUUGGUGCCGGCGCUGACAAGGAAGGAACUGGUGGAUGCCCGCCUCUCUUUGUAGCGGCUUUUGGGGGUCACCUUGAGGUGGUGUCCGCGCUCAUUGACGCACGGGUGAAUGUGGCAAGGAAGAUGAACGACAUAAGCGCUCUGACCCUGGCAACUCACCACGGCCACCUUGACAUAGUUGGCAUGCUCUCACAGGCCCAGGGCUGCGAACACGAAGAGCCCACACAGCCUAAGCCAAAGCGCCAGAGGAUUACGUGA